CAAUUUUUCUAUGUACGUUAUCGUCGUCGUCGUCUUCUUCCUCUCUCUCUCUCUGCAAAUCACUUUUUUCACUCUUAUUUCUAAGCCCUCCAUUUUCGCUUCUCUCCGUUAACUCAUCAUGAUCUUCCAACUUCAGCCAACGCUCUACUAUAAAGGCCUCUAAUCUCCAUUCCUCUUUUGCUUCUGCAACUCCUAUUCGACACCGCCGGCGAGUUUUUUUUUUUUUUUUUUUGGACGACGGUGAUGUUGGAAAGUAGUAUCAUGGCACGAGUAUCGGGACGGAGUUGGAGAAGUGAGCUUUUGGAUUUCUAGAUGAAUGACUGUGAUUUGUUGUUGUGAUUGCAUUUUGGUUUCUGUUGUUUUGAUUGAUGGCUUCCACGAAUUCACCGCCCAACAUUGAUGCUUCGGCGUUGACGGAUGAUUUAGUGACGAAAGCUUUGAAUAAACGGUAUGAGUGCCUUGUAACUGUUCGAACGAAGGCAAUUAAGGGGAAAGGGGCUUGGUAUUGGGCUCAUUUGGAGCCUGUUCUUAUAAGAAAUCCUAGUAAUAGUCUUCCGAAAGCGGUGAAGCUCAAGUGUUCUUUGUGCGAUUCUGUUUUCUCGGCUUCGAACCCUUCGCGGACUGCAUCUGAGCAUUUGAAACGAGGCACUUGUCCUAAUUUGAGCUCCAUUUCAAGGUCUAAUGCUACGGCGUCGCCGUUGCCGAUAUCGUCCAUUCCUUCUCCGACAUUGCACAACCACAAGAAGCGAAGCUCUCAAAUGAAUGCUCCGAUUCUCACUGCUUCCUAUCAGGUACAUUCUCUUGCCAUGAUUGAGCCAACGCGUUCCUAUGCUCCGUUAAUUUCCUCGCCGCCGACGCCGGUGGCUCAAAAUCCGGUUGGGAUGGCGAGUAAGAUGGAGGUGAAUCAGCAUCAGUUGGUGUUAUCAGGUGGGAAAGAUGAUUUAGGUGCACUAGAAAUGCUGGAAAACAGUGUCAAGAAACUGAGGAGUCCACAUGCCUCACCUGGACCAAGGUUAAGUAAGGAACAAAUUGAUUCUGCAAUCGAAUUACUGACGGAUUGGUUUAUCGAGUCGUGUGGGUCAGUAUCUCUUUCCUGCCUUGAGCAUCCGAAGUUUAAAGCCUUGCUUAGUCAGAUGGGCUUGCCUUCAUUACUUCGAACCGACAUUUUAGGAGCUCGGCUCGAUUCCAAGUUUGAGGAGGCCAAAGUUGAUUCAGAAGCCAGGAUUAGAGAUGCUUCGUUUUUCCAGAUCGCUUCGGAUGGGUGGAAGAAUAAGAACUGCUGUGGCUAUUACUGUAGCGAAGAGAGUGUAGUUAAAUUUAUGGUUAAUCUUCCAAAUGGUUCUACGAUGUUCCAAAAAGCAUUGUUUACAGGGGGAUUGGUGUCACCCAAGUAUGCGGAAGAGGUUAUUUUAGAUACGGUCAAUGAGAUUUGUGGGAAUAGUCUGCAGAGAUGUGUGGGGAUAAUAGCAGAUAGGUAUAAGGGCAAGGCAUUGAGGAAUUUGGAGAUGAAGAAUCAUUGGAUGGUAAAUCUCUCUUGCCAGCUUCAGGGUUUUAUUUGUUUGAUAAAGGAUUUUAACAAAGAGCUUCCACUUUUCAGGGUAGUCACUGAAAAUUGCUUGAAGGUUGCAAACUUUGUAAACACCAAAUCUCAAGUUAGGAAUUGUUUAAACAAGUAUAAGGUGCAGGAGCUAGAAGGUCGAUGGUUGCUUCACGUUCCUUCGCCAAAUUGUGACACAUCCAAAAACUUCUCACCUGUUUAUGCAAUGCUUGAUGAUAUGCUUAGCUCUGCUCAUGUCCUUCAAAUGGUUGUGUUAGACGAAUCUUAUAGGUUAGCAUGCAUGGAGGAUCCACUCGCUUCUGAGGUUUCAAGUCUGAUACAAAAUGAACGCUUUUGGGAUGAAGUGGAGGGAGUUCAUUCACUUGUGAAAAUGAUCCGAGGGAUGGCUCAAGAGAUUGAAGCCGAAAGGCCACUGAUUGGUCAAUGCUUGCCUCUCUGGGAGGAGCUGAGAACAAAAGUGAAGGAAUGGUGUGCUAAGUUCAGCAUAGCUGAAGGGCCAGUGGAGAAAAUUGUAGAAAAGCGGUUUAGGAAAAAUUAUCAUCCAGCAUGGUCUGCUGCAUUUAUACUGGACCCGCUUUACUUGAGGAGGGACAUAAAUGGGAAAUAUCUUCCACCCUUCAAGUGCCUUUCACAAGAGCAAGAAAAGGAUGUUGAUUCGCUUAUUGACCGGUUGGUAUCCAGGGAAGAAGCUCAUGUCGCAUUCAUGGAGCUUAUGAAAUGGAGAUCCGAGGGGCUAGAUCCACUUUAUGCUCAGGCAGUUCAGGUCAAACAACUAGACCCUUUAACCGGAAAGAUGAAAAUUGCCAACCCACAGAGUAGGCGACUUGUCUGGGAAACUUGCCUAAGUGAGUUCAAGACCCUUGGUAAGGUUGCACUGAGGCUUAUUUUCCUUCAUUCAACAUCUUGUGGCUACACGUGUAAGUGUUCUAUCUUGAAUUUGGUUUGCUCACAUCGGCACUCGAGGAUCGGCUUGGAGAGAGCUCAGAAGAUGGUAUUUGUUGCAGCUCAUACCAAGCUUGAAAGGAAAGACUUCUCUAAUGAGGAUGACAAAGAUGCAGAACUAUUUGCAAUGGCGGAUGGUGAAAAUGACAUGCUCAAUGAGGUCUUUUCUGAUGCACCCUCAAUUACAAGGCUGGAUGUGUUUGAUCGAAUAGAACCAGAGUUGUCGAAGUCAACCUCGGACUAGGUACUAUGUUUGCAGCUGAAGAUGCACUUCUCCGAUAGAAUCCCAGAUAUAUCUCCUGUUGUGCCUACUUUUGUUGCUUUUUGAGCCCAACUGUGAUGAGUGGAUGUCUAUCUCAAUGCUGUUGUAGAUGUCAUGGUCAAAGAAAAGACAUUUACAAGUGAAAUUUCCACCUGAAAGUUGAACUUUGAAGAUUCGUAGAUUAUUGGUUAGCCUUGGCAUGAUUGCUAAAAAGUCUUGAGCAAAGGGCGAGCAAGGAGGCUGUCGGCAUGAGUAUGCACAUAGCAAGGCCGAAGGGGAUGUGGCAGCGAACUUGAAUUGAUGUUGCAUGUAUGGUUCAGAAAACAACUUUGACAACACAAAGCAGGUAGAUAUUGAUUUAAGAGAAUGGAGGAGGUUCUAGAUCUCAAAGGAUCCAGUAUGCUAAAUUUUCCAAUUUAUCUUUUAUGAUGGUAAGAAUAAAAUCUUUUUGGUAGUUUAUCUUGAUCUAUCUUUCUCAUAA